AUGUCUUCUUCACUAACUGCACUUGUUGUUGGCCUUGGUGGUGUGACCAAUGGUGGUAAAACGACAAUCUGUCGGGCUCUUAAACAACUAUUCUCUUCUAGUAAGCACAAUCUUGCUGUAGAAUCAUUGCAUAUUGACGAUUAUUUUCGCCCGAUUGAUGAUCCUCAUCAUAUACAUCUGGACAAAUUUAACCAUCACGAUUGGGAUUGUUUAGAUGCGCUUGAUACAGAUCAAUUUAUUGUAGAUUUGCAAUCUGCUCGUUUGAAAUGUGACCUUUUACUUGUUGAAGGUUUUCUCAUAUUUAACAUUCCAUUGCUACCGAAAGACCAUCAUACAUAUGAUCUAGCUUAUUAUUUUGAUUUGUCAUAUGAAGAAUGUCGCAAACGACGAUUGGAACGAAAUUAUAAUCCACCGGAUCCAAGUGGUUAUUUUGAAGAACAUGUUUGGGAUACUUAUAUCAAAGCAAAGAAAGAAGCGUUUGAACAAGACAAAGAUAUAAAAUUGGAGAUUAUUGACUCAACUAAGCAACCAUUGGAAGAAAUUCAAGAGAAAAUUAUUAAAGAUAUUGAAUCAGCUUUAAAUCGUGAUCAAAAAUAA